UCGAGAGCGAGCGCGAGAGGAGGCGAGUGGAGCCACAAUUAAUUGUAAAGUGUAUUAAAAUUAACAAGAAUCAACGCAGUUACGAGGUUGAAACGUGAAAAAUUUCGGGGUACGGUGGUGAUAGGCGGCUGGAUUUGUGUCAUUUUUACAGGUGAUGCAUCUUUUUCUCGCUUGUAUUCAAAGAUUCGGAAAUGGAGUGGCAGCCAGAUGAGCAGGGACUCCAGCAAGUCCUUCAACUUCUCAAGGAUUCUCAGUCUCCCAACACUGCUACCCAGCGCGCCGUUCAGCAAAAACUUGAGCAUCUCAACCAAUAUCCUGACUUCAAUAACUACUUAAUAUUUGUACUAACAAGACUUAAAUCAGAGGAUGAACCAACCCGGUCUCUAAGUGGCUUAAUCCUCAAAAACAAUGUGAAAGCACACUACCAGCACUUUCCUGCAACUGUAGCUGAUUUUAUCAAGCAGGAAUGUCUAAACAACAUUGGAGACACCUCUCCUCUCAUCAGAGCCACCAUUGGGAUCCUUAUAACUACAAUUGCCUCCAAGGGCGAGCUUCAGACGUGGCCGGAGUUGCUGCCCCAGUUAUGUAACCUGCUGAAUUCUGAAGAUUAUAAUACUUGUGAGGGUGCAUUUGGAGCCCUGCAGAAAAUCUGUGAAGAUUCAUCUGAGCUUCUGGACAGUGAUGCUCUGAACAGGCCUUUAAACAUCAUGAUUCCUAAGUUCCUCCAAUUCUUUAAGCACUGUAGUCCUAAGAUCAGGUCCCAUGCCAUUGCUUGUGUUAACCAGUUUAUUAUUGGCCGAGCACAGGCGCUGAUGGACAACAUUGACACUUUCAUUGAGCACUUAUUUGCACUGGCUACAGAUGAAGACCCUGAAGUCAGAAAAAAUGUUUGUCGUGCAUUAGUAAUGCUGCUUGAGGUUCGCAUAGAUCGUCUCAUACCUCACAUGCACAGCAUCAUACAGUACAUGCUUCAGAGAACACAGGAUAGCGAUGAGAAUGUUGCCCUGGAAGCUUGUGAGUUCUGGCUCACAUUAGCCGAGCAGCCGAUCUGCAAGGAUGUGCUGUCAGGUCACCUGGUACAGCUUAUUCCCAUCCUGGUUAAUGGUAUGAAGUAUUCAGAGAUUGAUAUCAUUUUAUUAAAGGGUGAUGUAGAGGAAGAUGACACAGUACCUGAUAGCGAGCAGGACAUAAAACCACGCUUCCACAAAUCGCGUACAGUCACUUUGCAGCAUGAAGCAGACGGCACUGAAGAAGGCGAAGAUUUUGAAGAUGACGACGACGAUGAUGAUGACACAUUGUCUGACUGGAACCUACGAAAAUGCUCUGCAGCAGCUCUUGAUGUUCUUGCCAAUGUUUUUCGAGAUGACCUGCUGCCACAUCUCCUCCCUCUUCUGAAAGGGCUGUUGUUUCAUCCAGACUGGGUGAUCAAGGAAUCGGGUAUUCUUGUACUAGGAGCUAUUGCAGAAGGUUGCAUGCAGGGCAUGGUGCCAUUCCUGCCUGAGCUGAUACCACACUUAAUUCAGUGCCUGUCUGAUAAGAAAGCUCUGGUGCGUUCCAUUGCCUGCUGGACUCUCAGUCGCUAUGCUCAUUGGGUGGUGAGCCAACCUCCAGAUAACUACCUGAAACCCCUAAUGACUGAGCUACUCAAAAGGAUCUUAGAUGGCAACAAAAGGGUGCAAGAAGCAGCUUGCAGUGCUUUUGCCACAUUAGAAGAGGAAGCCUGUACUGAGCUAGUCCCCUACCUGAGCUACAUCCUAGACACUUUGGUGUUCGCGUUUGGGAAGUACCAGCACAAGAAUCUGCUCAUACUGUAUGAUGCCAUUGGUACUCUGGCAGACUCCGUAGGUCAUCAUCUUAACCAACCUGAAUAUAUUCAGAAACUAAUGCCUCCUCUAAUUCAAAAGUGGAAUGAACUGAAAGAUGAGGAUAAAGACUUGUUCCCUUUGUUAGAGUGCUUGUCAUCUGUAGCUACUGCCCUCCAGAGUGGAUUCUUACCCUACUGUGAGCCAGUCUAUCAGCGCUGUGUUACACUGGUGCAAAAGACAUUGGCCCAAGCAAUGAUGUACAAUCAACAUCCAGACCAGUAUGAAGCUCCUGACAAGGAUUUCAUGAUUGUAGCAUUGGAUCUUUUAAGUGGGCUUGCAGAGGGGCUCGGCUUACAUGUGGAACAGCUGGUGGCACGAAGCAAUAUAAUGACUCUACUUUUUCAGUGCAUGCAGGACACAAUGCCAGAGGUCCGACAGAGCUCUUUUGCUUUGCUUGGAGAUCUUACCAAGGCUUGCUUCCCCCAUGUCAAGCCCUGCAUAGCUGAAUUCAUGCCCAUCCUUGGUACAAACUUGAACCCUGAGUUCAUCUCUGUGUGCAACAAUGCAACAUGGGCUAUUGGGGAGAUAUGUAUGCAGAUGGGACCAGAAAUGCAGCCAUAUGUUCAGCUGGUUUUAAAUAACCUUGUUGAAAUCAUUAAUAGGCCAAAUACACCUAAGACACUGCUUGAAAACACAGCAAUCACCAUUGGAAGGCUUGGCUAUGUGUGCCCUCAAGAGGUUGCCCCUAUGCUGCAGCAGUUCAUCAGACCCUGGUGUACAUCUUUGAGAAACAUCAGAGACAAUGAAGAAAAGGACUCUGCAUUCCGAGGAAUUUGCAUGAUGAUUGGUGUAAACCCUGGGGGUGUGGUUCAAGAUUUCAUUUUCUUCUGUGAUGCUGUGGCCUCAUGGGUGAGCCCAAAGGAUGACUUAAGGGAAAUGUUUUACAAGAUCCUGCAUGGUUUCAAAGACCAGGUGGGAGAGGAGAACUGGCAGCAGUUCUCUGAGCAGUUCCCUCCUCUCCUAAAGGAGCGGCUCUCUGCGUGCUAUGGAGUGUAGCCAUGGCAGUGUGGGGGUAAAUGUCAGGUAUCUUAUGGGAGGGUUACUGGGAACUCAUCCAUGUCUCAUAUUGCACUGCCCUGUUUUUGGGGGGUUAGGGAGGAGCUAGAGGGGACAAUGCUUGCCACCCCCAUGCCCCACCCCUGGAUUUAAUACUGUGGGGUUCGGGAACUUCAGCUGAACAACGUGAACACAUCCUGCUCACCUGGGGGAAAAUGUGUUGGUGAAAAUGCAACUUUUGGAGAGGAGAUGGCAGCCACUCCAGUCGCUAUAUACCUAGACCAAUAAAAACAAAGGGGACAAACUCCACAGAAUCAUAAACUCUGCAACCCACCAGGCUUUAGAUGUAUAAGGGGAAAUUAACUGGGUAGGUUUAUAGUUUGACUUUAAUAGCCAAGGUAAAAUCUGCAGUCAAAAUCUUUUUAUGAAAUCUUAGGUAAAGAGAAUUUGGUGGAAAUGGCUUAUCCCCCAUUAUUCUCCUUUUGGAACAAAGUGGAAUUUGACUUGAAGCUGUGGUUUUAACAAAAAGCAAUUUGGUGUGUAAUGCAAGUGUUAGAACACAAACAUUGCUGUAUUUCAGAGAAAGGGAAGUAGAGGGUGGGUGUGGGCGGGUCAUCACUUCUUCAAUAUAUGUGAUUCCAUGUGUAAAUCACCCACCAGUCUAGUCUCGGAUGCAGUUCACAGCAUGAAAUGUGCAAGAUUUACUUGAACGGAGGAGGUAAAAAAUAGGCUCUGUGUUGACCAGGUUUUUGUUAGGCUAGAUGAGUAAUUUGCCAUGGUGGUGUGUAUGAUGU